AUGUCUCAACAUCCUUGUACAAUAUCUGAAUGUCCACGUACAUCGAGAGUAUUAUGUUAUUGUUGUAAAAAUAAUUACUGUGUUGAACAUUUAAAAGAUCACAAUGAUAUAUAUUUAUCUCAAUUAUAUCAAUUAACAAAUGAUAUAAAUAAAUUAUCAGAAUAUUUUCGUGGUCAAUAUCGUCAACAACUUGACCAAUGGCGACAUGAAUCACAUCAAACAAUUGAUUUAUAUUAUGAAAAAAAAUGUCAAGAAUUAGAUAAUAAAACUAUUCAAAAUGAAACAUUAAAUCAAAAUCGUCAAGUUAUUGAAUGGAUUAAAUUGAAAAUUAAUCAACUUAUACGUGAACAAGAUACAACUCAAGAACAAAUUGAUUCAUUAAAAGCUGCAACAAAUGCUGUAAAACGUGAAAUUGAACAAAUACCAACAGAAGAUUUUCAAUUAAAUAUUCCACCAUUAAUUCUUAAUGACAAUUUUAUUCAAAUAGAAAAACGACGUUCUACUUUUAAUUUACAUGCAACAAUAAAAUCAUUGUUUUUAACAAAAAAAAUAAUAACAGAUGAUUCUCUUGUUAUGGCAAAUAAUUCUACAUAUUUCUUAAUUAAUCAACAAUCAAAUUUAUGUUUGUAUGAUAAAAAUUUAAAUAUGAUUAAACAAGUAAUAUGGGAAUAUGGCUAGGUUAAAGCAUCAGUACGUCGUCGUAAUGCAGUCAUAGCAUCAUUAAAACGUCGUCAAGAUUCAUCAUCGUCCAGUGAUGAAAAUCAACCAUCAGUACCAACAUUUUGUUCGUCACGGCCAAUAAAAAAAUGUCUGAUAGCAGCAACUAGUUAUAAUUCAUCAAACAAACAUCGUCAACAUAAUAUUGACAAUGAUGCUGAUGAAGAUUAUAAUACUAAAGAAAACUUAUCUGUUAUUACAUAUAAAUCUGAUCGACAAGUACAAUUACAAGGUUCAAAAGAUAUAGGCGCUGCAACAUCUACAAUUGAAAAUAAUCUCUUGGAUACCGCUUGUCUUCAAUUGAAGACAUGCAGAACGAAAGAAUUUAUUUUUUCGUUCUAUCGUGUCGAUAAACAGCUGUGA